UUUCCAGAUAUUCCUCGACGCCAGGAUGCAGCGGUUGGCGAAGUGGGGUGUCUUGGCGGUGUGCACGACGGCCGCUCACUCGGCGGACGUGAACGAAUGGCCCUCCGUUGAGAACGACCACACGAAGUUACAAAUUGUGUUGCCAGAGUCGCUGCAGAAGAAAGACGGCUACGUCCACAAGGACGCCCUGUUUGGCUACCCUGGCUACAGUGUCGGAUCCCUGCAAACCCAGCUCAUCUACGUGAACGGCACUGGCUGCGAAGACUUUCCCAAGGGAGCCAACUGGGAGCCUCCUUAUGCGCUCAUGAUUGACCGUGGCGACUGUGUGUUUGUGGAGAAAGUGCGGCGUGCCCAACAUGCUGGCGCACGAGCCGUCGUUAUCGCUGACAACAAGUGCCUGUGCACGGACCAAGACUGCAUGCGUCGAACGGGCGAUGCGUUUUGUGAAACGGUGUUGCCGUACAUGAAUGACGAUGAGUCUGGAGGCGAUAUUACGAUUCCGUCCAUGAUGAUCCGCAAGGCCGACGCCGACGACAUCAAGAAGACGAUUUCGCAUUCGAAGGGUGUGAGCAACGUCAUGGUCAAGUUUGACUGGGGCAUUCCGUCGCCGGACGGUCGCGUGGAGUGGACGAUGUGGCACAGUUCGUGGGACGAGCAAAGUACAGUGCUGCUCAAGGCAGCGGAAACAAUUGUGAAUGCGCUGGGCGAUCGCGCGUUCUUUACGCCACGAUUCGUCAUGUACAACGGAUCGAAGGUGGGGUGCGACAUUCACGACGGCGUCGAUCCGUGCGGCAACAUGUGCAUCAACAAAGGACGCUACUGCCUCAUGGAUCCUUCUCCAUUUCACGACCGCACGGAAGGUGCUGCCGGGUCGGACGUUGUGAUUGAGAACCUCCGUCGCAAGUGCAUUUGGGACAUUGCGUCGAAGGAAGACCCGGGCGUGGGGAAGAAGUGGUGGCGUUAUGUCAACAUGUUUGCGGACGAAUGCAACACGCGGGAGGAGACGUUUAUGAGCAAGCGAUGUGCGAUGGACGUGAUGAAGAAGGCCAAGAUCGACGUUGGGGCCGUCGAAGAGUGCAUGCAGCCGUACGGUCCCAAUGUAGACGAACCGAACCCGUGGCUCGAGGCCGACUUGGAAGAACAGACGGCGCUGCAACUUUUGCGUCUUCCGGCGCUAUUCGUUGACGGUGUCCAUGCUCGUGGUCGCAUUGAUGCAAGCGGGGUGAUGAACAUGAUUUGCGCGGGUUACGGCAUCCACGACCCACCCUCCAUCUGCAGCUGCUCUGAUCAAAACAACAUGGCUCUGAUUAACUGCGUCAAGGCGGGUGGAGCGGCGUCUGGUGGCGCGUUGGGUGGCGGUGUGAGUAUCACCACCCUCGUGGUCAUAUUGGGUUUGGCUGGCAUUGCCGUGGCGUCGGCCGGGUAUGUGUACUGGAAGCGCAGCCAGCGACAGAUGCGCGAUCAGGUGCGAAGCAUUUUGGCCGAGUACAUGCCGUUGGAAGACCAAUCGGACGAAUUGGAUGGGAUGAUGGGCGGGACCAAGUUGCAUCCUGCGGCGUUGGCGGCAGCCAAAAGUCCGCGGGGGUACAUGCCCACGAAUGGAUUUAUCAUGACGGAGGAUGACGACCGGGCAUGAGAAGAAGCAUAAUAUAGCUACCGUUUUGACUCGUCCUUGUUUGGCCAUGCGACCCACUCGGUUU